CAGUACUCCUAGGACUAUCCUCGCAUUCAAUCAGGUUCGAGCUUUGAACCACUUGCCGGGAGCGCCUUGACCCACAACAUGGAGUUUUUCAACGACAUCGUUGGGGGCGAAAACCCCCUCAAGCCGUCACUUUUCGAGCUCAUUGCUCAGGAACAGCUACGCGACCUGCUCCAACCUGCACUCAAAUAUGUCCUUUCUGUUUUUGCGCAAAGGUAUCCGAGAUAUCUACUCCGGAUAGUCAAUCGACAUGAAGAGUUCUACGCAUUGAUCAUGCUGUUCGUGGAACGGCAUUAUCUCAGGCAACAUAAUGCCUCCUUCUCCGAGAACUUUUAUGGCCUCAAACGCCGGCGCCGACCUUUGUUUGAGACCGAACGAGCUAAAGCAGCUGUAGGUGGUAUAUUUCCCGAGGAGAACCUACGAAGAAGGGAGGUAUGGUGCUCUCUACUCCUACUCGUAGGCCUGCCAUACAUUCGUGCCAAAGCGCAGGAUUACUUCGAGGACCUUGGCGGAGGGAUCGACUCAGAUCUCAUCGAUGAUGCGGGAGGAAGGCAAAUUCGUGCAUUGACAGAAGAGACCUGGCGAGGCCGAUGGAGGAGACUAUACAAGAAGCUUUACCCAUGGCUGAACAUGGGCUUCGAACACUGGCUUCUCAUUUACAACGUCGCAUAUUUGUUCGAAAAGACACCAUAUUACCGACCGUGGUUAUCCUGGAUAGGUGUCGACCUACGUCGACUAGGCAUCGACGACUAUCGCGCGGAGUCCCUCGCCGCUCAAAGAUCCUCGGCCACAACUCCUCCGAAAUCUCCCUUCGACACAUUACGCCACAUAUUUCGCAACUCUCCUCGCUUCCUCCUCGAUUCCCUCAAGCUUCUCCUUCCCACCACAAUCUUCUUCAUCAAAUUCCUCGAAUGGUGGUAUUCUCCCUCAUCCCCCGCCCGCUCGCUCACGCUCUCAUCUUCUCCGCUCGGUCCAUCCAUCCCGCCACCCGCCCUCCUUCGACCGCAUCCACAAGGACUGAAACUCGACGGACGGAAGUACGGCAAAUGCCCAAUUUGCGGGGAAGGGAUCAAGAAUGCCACGGCAUUGCCGAGCGGGUAUGUGUUCUGCUAUAGGUGCGCGUAUGAGGAGGUCGAGAAAAGCGGUAGGUGUCCGGUCACGCUGUUGCCGGCGAGGGUGUGGCAGCUGAGGAAGGUGCUUGUUUGACUUCGAUCCGCUCACUUCGCGGUUUGUUUCGCGGUAUACCACCUCUUGUGGCUUCGAGAUUUAUCGAGUCAACGUAUUCUUGUACUCUUACUCUGUUUGAUUUGUUCACCGUGUCCGUGCCCACGGUCUCUGUACUGUGACGGUCAGCAUGACACGACAAGGAGUGUUGACACACGCAAUACGGAUCAGAUAAUAUCUUGGUUCUGC